AGAAUUCAUCACAAUGGGCUUCAUCGCGGAGGAUCUUACCAACUUCAGACGUGCAAGUCAACAUGGACGGGCAAGAAGUCAACAUGAAUAACUUCGAUUCCCGGACCAACCUGAUGCAGGGGUUGGGCGAUGGGGAGUACCAGCGAGUGGCCACGAGCGCAAACGAUGACGGAGAAGCUCCUGGCUCGAUCAGACGAGCAACUUCAGCUGCUCGGAACAUCCGCGAUCAGCUGGAGAUCGGGAGAGAAGAGCUCAUGGAGUACCUGUCGAGGAGCAAGCGCACAAGGGAGAGCUGCAUCAGAAUCCCUCUAGUGGUCCUCCUUACCAUAACGUUCUUCUCCUCCGUCAUGUUCCACGUUGACGUAGCGAGAGUGUGCGAGGUGGAGAGGGCGGUGGAGCACAUCUACUUGUUCUCCGACCGCAAGGACCUCUCCAUAUCCCACUUCCAGGACAUCCACAGCCUCGGAGAGUUCUGGGACUGGAUGGAGCACGUCUUUGUGCCCACCACGUUUGUGCAGACGGAUCAUGUCGGCAACCAGCUCAGCCAGGCUGACUGGGGAAGGAUCUCACAGUACAACCGCAUCCUUGGCAGCGUCAGGCUGCAGCAGCGGAGGUCCCGACCGGCCACAUGUGCCAUCCAUGUGCUCGACGCGUUCUAUGAGAGGGUCCGGUACCUCGAAGCAAGGCACUGGAUCGACCGGCAGACCGACAUGGUCGAGAUCGUUGUCAGCCUGUACAACGGAGAGUUGAGCGUCUUCACAGAGGCCAUCCUGAAACUCAACGUGGAACGAGGAGGUUACAUCGGGACAGAGUUCUCCAUCGCCUCGAUCCUCCUCGACCCUUACAAGGUCAUGACAAGCGACCUGCAGUCGUACCGCAUCGUAUGCUCUCUCAACUUGUUCUUCUUCCUCCUCCAGUUCCUCGACGUCAUUCGCGUGCAGCCCAGGCUCGCCGUCAUCCUCGACACCUUCGCUGCGGCCUCCACCGACAUCUUCCACUUCGUCCUCGUGUUCAUGACCAUCGUCUUCUGCUUCGCCGGCAUGGGGACGCUGUUGUUCGGGCACGAGCUCAAGGCCUUCUCGAGCAUCUCCAACUCCAUCGUCACCUGCUUCGAGCUACUG